GCCUAAACCAUUCUCCACCCACCAUUUCUUUUGCUUUCCCUCCCUCCCCCCCUCCAUUCUCCACCAUUUCCUCUCGUCGUCUCCUCCUCCGAUGAACCUGUGGACGGACGACAACGCCUCCAUGAUGGAGGCCUUCAUGGCCUCCACCGACCUCCCCGCCUUCCCCUGGGGGGCGCCCGGUGGUGGCAGCUCGGCCGCCACGCCGCCGCAGCAGCAGAUGCCGCCGGCGGUGGCUCCGGCCUUCAACCAGGACACGCUGCAGCAGCGGCUGCAAGCCAUGAUCGAGGGGUCCAGGGAGAUAUGGACCUACGCAAUCUUCUGGCAGUCCUCCGUCGACGUCGCCACGGGCGCCUCGCUGCUCGGCUGGGGCGACGGCUACUACAAGCCCUGCGACGACGACAAGCGCAAGCAGAUGCCCAUCACGCCCGCCGCACAGGCAGAGCAGGAGCACCGUAAGCGCGUGCUCCGCGAGCUCAACUCGCUCAUCUCCGGCGCCGCGGCCGCGCCCGACGAGGCCGUCGAGGAGGAAGUCACCGACACCGAGUGGUUCUUUCUCGUCUCCAUGACGCAGUCCUUCCUCAACGGCUCCGGCCUCCCCGGGCAGGCGCUGUUCGCCGGGCAGCCCACCUGGAUCGCCUCCGGCCUCUCAUCCGCGCCGUGCGAGCGCGCGCGCCAGGCCUACAAAUUUGGCCUCCGCACCAUGGUCUGCGUCCCCGUCGGCACGGGGGUGCUCGAGCUCGGCUCCACCGACGUCAUCUUCCAGACAGCCGAGAGCAUGGCUAAGAUCCGAUCGCUCUUUGGGGGCGGGGCUUGGCCUCCCGUGCAGAUUCAGGCGCCGCCGCAGCAGCCAGCGGCCGGAGCGGACCAGGCUGAGACGGAUCCUUCCGUCCUCUGGCUCGCCGACGCGCCGGUUAUGGGCAUAAAGGACUCCAUGUCGCACCCGUCCGCGGCCGAGAUCUCCGUCUCCAAAUCGACGCCGCCGCCGCAGAUCCACUUCGAGAACGGGAGCACGAGCACACUCACGGAGAACCCCAGCCCCUUCGUGCACGCGCCGGCGCCCCCGCCGGCGCCGGCUGCUGCGCAACCGCAGCGGCAGCACCAACACCAGCACCAGAACGGCCAGGCUCAUCCAGCCCCCUUCCGCCGGGAGCUCAACUUCUCGGAGUUCGCGUCCAACCCCUCCAUGGCGGCGGCCCCGCCGUUCUUCAAGCCCGAGUCUGGCGAGAUUCUCAGCUUCGGCGCCGACAGCACUAGCCGGAGGAACCCGUCGCCGGCGCCUCCCACCGCCACCGCGCCCGGGAGCCUCUUCUCGCAGCACACGGCGACCAUGAACGCGGCCGCGGCGAACGACGCGAAGAACAACAAUAAGCGUUCGAUGGAGGCCACUUCCCGCGCUAGCAACACCAACCACCACUCAGCGGCGACGGCGAACGAGGGCGUGCUGUCCUUCUCGUCGGCGCCGACGACGCGGCCAUCGACGGGCGCACCGGCCAAGUCGGAGUCUGACCACUCGGACCUGGAGGCAUCGGUGCGCGAGGUGGAGAGCAGCCGCGUGGUGGCGCCGCCGCCGGAGGCCGAGAAGCGGCCGCGCAAGCGCGGGCGGAAGCCGGCCAACGGCCGCGAGGAGCCGCUCAACCACGUGGAGGCUGAGCGGCAGCGGCGGGAGAAGCUGAACCAGCGGUUCUACGCGCUCCGCGCCGUGGUGCCCAACGUGUCGAAGAUGGACAAGGCGUCGCUGCUCGGCGACGCCAUCUCCUACAUCAACGAGCUCCGCGGCAAGCUCACGGCGCUGGAGUCCGACAAGGAGACGCUGCAGUCCCAGAUCGAGGCGCUCAAGAAGGAGCGCGACGCGCGGCCGGCCCCGCAGGCAGGCGGGUUCGGGCACGACGCCGGGCCGCGGUGCCACGCGGUGGAGAUCGACGCCAAGAUCCUGGGGCUGGAGGCCAUGAUCCGCGUGCAGUGCCACAAGCGCAACCACCCGUCGGCGCGGCUGAUGACGGCGCUGCGCGAGCUGGACCUGGACGUGUACCACGCCAGCGUCUCCGUCGUCAAGGACCUCAUGAUCCAGCAGGUUGCAGUGAAGAUGGCCAGCCGCGUAUACACGCAGGAGCAGCUCAACGCCGCGCUCUACAGCCGCCUCGCAGAGCCCGGCGCCGCCAUGGGCAGGUAAUCGUGGCGAGCUCAGCUCACCAUUGGCUGCCAGAUAGGGACGAUACUGUUACUCGUACUCGCCACCUGGUCGUCGUCUUCUGCCGUCGACGUUACAAUCGCCAGAGAUUCAGGAGGAAGAAUAAGACGACGAUAAUGGUGGUGGUGUAAACUUUAGAGAGGAAAGAUGGAUGAUGAUACUUAGCUGCUGAUGUUGUUCAUCGACUUCUUGUUUUUGCUAGUAGCGUGUUACAGUAAUUAUUAGCAGGAACCGUCCGUCGUUGUCAAUUACCUAUUGUUAUGAGUCGUGAUGGUGGAUCGAUCAAUGUACUUUACAGCAGGAUUUCGCUUGAACUGGAGUCGGUUUUUUGAUCGCAUACAGUGCAGUGUCUUGGUUGGUUUAUCAUUGGUUGGUUCUUGUUGAUUUCUUUGAUGGAUAAUGGGUGUUGCUGUUUGGACGAGAAUCGUUUUUAAAGGGAUUUGUUUUUGCUAGUAGCGUGUUACAGUAAUUAUUAGUAGGAAGGAUUAAGCAACCGUCAGUCGUUGUUAAUUACCUAUUGUUAUGAGUCGUGAUGGUGGAUCGAUCUAUGUACUUUACAGCAGGAUUUCGCUUGAACUGGAGUCGGAGAUUGAUUGGAUCAACUGCUACAGUAUUGCAGCAGAAUAUAAUUGAAGAUGAUCUUAUCAUUA